CAUUUCUUCUCUUUACAACACAAUCAUUCUCUUCACUUCAAACCCAUUGAAGCUUUCCAUUUGUUUUGCCACAAGAUAGCACUAAGCAAUGGCUUCAAUGUCUGCUCAUGGGUCAAGUGCAUGGACUGCAAGAGAAAACAAAGCGUUUGAGAAAGCUUUGGCUGUGUUUGAUCAAGACACACCUGAGAGAUGGGUCAAUGUUGCUAAGGCCAUUGGUGGAAAAACUGAAGAUGAAGUCAAGAGGCAUUAUCAACUUCUUGUGAAGGAUGUUAAGCAUAUUGAGUCUGGUGAAAUCAAUUUUCCUUAUAGAAGCUCUACGAGAUUGUGCUGAUGAACAAGGUAAUAUAUGUUCGAUAUCAGGUCGUGAGAAACAUGAAGAUCAAUGGAGCUAAGCUCAUGCAGUAAUGGAAGAAUAAAGGAAGGAAAACGAAGAACCAUUUGCUUCCAAUUGUACUUCUAACUGUAACGUAGCAUUGAACGAAUAAG